AUGGAUACGUGCAGGUGGUGUAGAACGGCAGGGAGAGGUGAAGCUGCUGUGUCUGACCUGCUGCGUCGCUACAGUAGCGCUGCACUGCCAUCAGAGGAACUCAAAAACGCCAACGAGGACCUCAGCUUCUGUAUGGAGUGUGUGGUGGCAUACCACAAUGCCAGAGAGAAUGCCCCGGUUCUACACGAGCGUUUGUGGAACCUUGAAAUCAGCCGACUGCUGGGUGUGUUCCGGCCCCUGUUGGAGCUGGAGCUUGAGGAUGAUGACCUGCUUAUCGUUGAGGGCGACCAGGAGCUGCCUGUGUCAAAGUUUUCUCUCGCCGAGUUCCACGACUGCCUUAGGUUUCCCUUCACUGAAGUGCUGAAGUACCCCUACCUCUUGUGUCACCCAGAACUCUGUGAGAUGGUUGAGAAGGUGUUGUGUAAGAUGGAAGAAAUGUCCGAUCCACUGCAGUUGUUUGAUAAGCUGCAGGGAAUCUACCUGUUCAUGGUGCACCCCAAUAAGACGGUGAGACGAUGGGCGAUCAGGGAAGCCCAGUUGAAGGGAAAAGUGGAUCGGGAUAGCUAUUAUGACCUCCAGGAGGUUUUCACCUGCAUGUUUUAUGUCAUUGAGUUGGGCAUCUCCUUGAAUAUUUCGGAUAUUGAUGACUCGUACCACACAAAGAGCAAAAUACUUAGACUUCCCCCUCACCUGUAUGAUUCCAGCAGUGAGAAGAACUACUGGCUAGGUAUCUGUAUGCUACUGAUGCAGCUGGACUCCCAGGCAAUGGACUCUCUGUUCACAGGUCUAGAGAGACAGACAAAUAUUCCACAAUGCAUACUCAACACCAUGGACCAGUCUAGAGAGGACGACCCCGCCUCUGACCCAUUCUGGCCUGCACUGCACUGUUUCAUGGUGAUUCUGGACCGACUCGGGUCGAAGAUAUGGGCCCAGAUCGAACCAGCACCGGCCUUUCAUGCCAUCACCGGAUCUGCCAGCUACACGGCUGAGAUCGAGAACAUCAGGCAGAGAACUAUGAUGUCCCGUGUGAAGGUAGAGCUUGAAUCUGAUGACAUGGUGACGUGUAGUCAAAUGGUGUAUGAUUGCUAUGCAGCUGAGAAAAGAAACAAAUUGGCUCGGUCAUCAUCCAGUUGUUCCGACAGCAGCAGCAGUAUGAUAUUUGAAGAGAUGAAUUCUCUGGUUAGUGUGUUACAGUCGGAGAUGGGCCAGAGCCUGCGUGUGUACGGCAGCACGUUCCUUUGGUUCAUCCCAUUUGUCCGUUCUGUAAUGGAAUUGUCUGAGCUCAGUGUGAUGUACAUCAGCGAGGUCAUCAACUACCUCUGCAACAAGAUCAACUGUGACAUACUGAAAGGACAUGCCGACACCCCUGACAAGGUCACGGAAUUCUUCACACGCAUCCUUAUUUAUAUCAUCGAACAACAUCUCAGCAAGGGAUGUAUGGGCUUACUCUACCACUGUCCCCGCAAGUGGAUAGAAGUCGUGGUGAUGUGGGUGGCUUUUACUGGUGACAGUAUGGGUGGACCAGAUGGAACUGGAGCUGCUCACCUGGUCUCUUCAACCUCCUCUCUCAGGUGUGGGUUGCAGGCCUUCCCUGUCACAGGCAGGGUUAACCCCAUGACACAGGCAUGUAUGAGGCUGAUUCGCUCCCUGCUGAGAGAAGGAGGACGACUCGGUACUGUUCCACGCUCUAACCACUUCUUGAAUCUACUCAAUAAGCAGUUGCGAGAAGUCCCUUCUAGAGGGUGGAGUCUGACAAGGUCAGAGAUCGUAGAGUUGCAACAGUGCUUGAAGGAACUUGUCAAGAAAAUGUUUGAAAAGCCUGCUGUUACUCCCAUUGGUGGUUCAUCUGCUUCUCCCACUCCACCAGUAGAAGCACCAGAAAACAUGGUGGAUGCAGCAACAUCAACACAUCUUGGAGAUAUGGGCUCAAGUAGUGCUGGAGGGAAAGUCCUGCGUAUAAAAGAGGAGCAGAUUUGGGAUUAUGAGGUUCAUAGUCCAAGGGCAGAGGUAGGUUUUUGCAGUGGUCUGGAGGAAGUCCUAAAAGUGAAAAAGGAGCCUCAAACUGCAGUACCAAUCUCCGAGAUGAUCCCAGGUGUAGAGAAAAUGUCUUUAAAGCCUGACCUGGAGAAAUUUCAGGAAAUCAAAUCCAAACUAAAUGAGAACCCAAGACUGUUGAAGAUGCAAGCUAUUGCUAAGAGAACAACUCAUGGAGCUAGCCAUACUGAACAGAACGAGCUAUAUAGACUGAAUGAUGAGCCAGAUGAAGAAGCAGAUGAUGUGCCUCUUAAUGUACUAAGAAAACGCUUGAAAAAAACCCACAGGCUUGAGUCCGAUGACUCGGAUGUUGAUGAUAAAUCUCAGAAGAGGAAGGAUCUUGAUUCCAGCAUAAUCAUAAUUUCUGACGAUGAGAUUUCCGUUAGUGAAGGAGGGUCAAGCAAGGGACAUUGCUUUUCUGGCAAGGAGGAGUUAAAGACAAAAGAGGAACUGAUGGAGCCAGCCCAGAUGGAGAGUCCAAAGCGAGAUUAUGACGUGGAUCUGAGUGAAUCACAGGUGUUUGAAUUUGAGACUCAAGAGUUUGUUGCAUCUGCUUGGGGUGACUCGGGGCUCAAAAUGUCUCCCUCAGCCACCAGCCCCAAAGGUAAUCUAUCACACAAAGGUAGCUUUAGCCCAAAUUCUGCUGAGCCAUCUUCUAGUUUGGAUAAUGAGGUAGAUCCUAUCCCAGAUGAGGACAUUGAACAGGCCUGUCUAGAGGUGGAGGAGCAGAUUAAGAUGCAGCAGCAACAAACAGCUGUUUGUUUGCCUGUGACCCAGAAACAGAGUGUUGCCACAGAGCAAGUGUUCAUUAAACCAAAGACACUGCCUGUAAAAAGUCCCUCCAAGAAAAUAAGUGUGGCACAAAAGAAAGCUAAGGUUCCACCAGUCAUUGCGCCACUGGCUCAAAAAUUGAAGAGGUCCUCAAAAUCUCAAGUUUUAAAGACAAUAUCAACCACUCCAUCCUCCCCUUCUCAUACUUCUGCUCCUUUGCACCCUCUUUCUCCUUCAUCUUCUUUCUCCUCUCCUUCAUUUGCCACCCCUGCAAUUGUUCCUCCUAAGAAGGUCCGCGCACCCAUUCAGCCAGAAUCGACAGCAGAGCGUUUGGGGUUGAAGAAAAAGGAACGUAAGGCAUUUGAUCUCUCUCAGCGCUCCCUGGUCUGUUUGGGCAAACUGCGCCGCUACGGCCAGAAUGUACGGGUAGAUCAGCCACAGAAGAAGCAAAUCCGCCGAACAAGCAAGACCACCAAGGUCAUCUCUCCGCAGAAACUCAUGGUUAAAGGCAACAAGAAAUUGCUUGCCUCACAGGAUUUGCAGUUCUUCAGACAGUCCAGAGAAAAGAAUAAGAAAACCAGUACCAGUAAAGCACAGUCUGUUGCUGCACUUAAGAGCACCAAGCAGGUCAGUGUUCAGCAACCUGUUACGCCAAAGGAUGUCAGACCGACCAAUAAAGAGCAAGGAGAGGGGGAUAAAUUAAUUUCUCUGCCUUGUCCUCAUCCAGACCUGGCCCUCAGGCUGAAAGAUGCACAGGUCGUCUCAGAGGCAAGUACUUCAGGGGCGGGUGAGCCCGCUGAUGGAAGAGAUUAUUUAACCAAGAACAGUGAAGCAAUCAAAUCCAAAUACUUUUGCCAGGACAAUGAUGAGGCAAAUGUAUCAGCUGACACAGUUGGGAAGGGAGGUAUCGCUGAAACUGACAAAGAUGAACAUGAGUGGAUGUUUCUUACUCAGAUGGAGCCAACAGAUAUGGAAUUAUGUUCACAGAUUGAUGAUCCACAGGAGGAAGACAAUGAUGAGAGUUUGUUCCUCACUCAAAGAGAUCCUGUAGAUAUGGAACUUGAAACAGACAGUCAAAUGAAUAUGGCUGGGGAAGAGAUUUGGGUGGCACCUCAGCCACUUGAUCCCUCUCCAGGUCAGACAGCCCCUUUCACUACCCCCAUUGUGAGCACUGCGCGUGAUGACCAUAAAUUCCUGAAACCAGGAAUGUCACCCAUGUCCCUGAAGAGGGCCAAGCCAUCAACCACGAAGAUUUAUACCCCUAAUUCUCGGAGUGACUCACUGGCCUUGGACAUGGAGAAGGGUUCAAAACCUCCAUCUCUUGCUAAGGGGAAAUUUGCUCGCCCGUCAGUACUGCCAACCCCCAAACCACCAUCUCAACCUGAAUUUUGUCAGCCGAGACAUUUGCCCCGACCUCCCACCCACGCUCCUCGCGCCAUAUCUUAUAGUUCAGCUAACGAUAUCCUCCACCCGCCUACCUAUAAAACCUACCCAAGACCUGAAGCCCCAGGCACUAAUGCGAUGCCAUCAUUGGACACUGGACAGAAGUAUGACCCUCUAAUCCUGACCCGUGCUGUCUUAAAAUGGAAGUACAGUAUGUUUGACAACUACAGACAGUUUGGCACACCAUCUGACUUGCUCCCUCUCAAGGAGAUGCCCACCAAGUUCUCUAGCUAUGAAGAAUACUUUGGUACCAUCUAUCCCCUUAUGCUCACCAGUGCAUUCGAAGAGAUGGCCAAUGAAUGGAUGAAAGGUGUUAAGGUGAUGCAGAGGUUGAAGGUUGAAGGGAUUGAAUACAGCAACCGCAUUGCAAAUGCCAACUUCAAAACAACUCUAACUCGUGAACAGGAGGGGAAACAGCUGUAUGCUAAAGAGGGUGAUUUUGUGGUCUUGUGGUUGCCACAGAACAGAGGUGCCUAUGCCAGUGAUGAACCUGAAUUCGGAGAACCUAGCCCUCAUUUUGGAUAUGUGAACCGAUCCAAUCUUUCUACUGGAGAAGAUAAGAACCUGUUGCUGAAUCUGAACAUUCAGACUUACGGAAACGUUUCAUCUGUGAACACCCAGACCGUACAAUGUGAUGUGAUUGGCUCUCUGAUUAGCAUGUUCCGGGAGUUCCGUGCCUUGUGUAUGCUCAAGAGUGGGAUUAUGAAAGUUCCUUUGCUUGCUCCACACAUAUCCUUCUUCCAGUGUAGCCAGAAUGACAUGCCAGACCUCGACAUCCCUGAGUAUAAUAUGGAUCAGACCAGGGCAAUAGCACGUGGUGUUUCUAUUGUAAGAAGACAGCGGGGACCUGAGGCGUUCAGGAGCCCAAGAAUUCUACUGAUCCAUGGCCCCCCAGGAACUGGCAAAAGCAAGACUAUCGUAGGCUUACUGUACAGCCUCCUGGUUAAUGACACUGCUCAGACCCCCACGGCAAUGCGUCAGCCUAAAUUUCGCCAGCAGCGGAUUCUACUCUGUGCUCCAUCUAACGCUGCUGUCGACAGCCUCAUGAAGAAAGUCAUCCCCUUUUUUAAAGAAAAACAGAGAAACAAAAAAUUUCCACAGGGAACCUGUGGAGAUAUAAACCUUGUGAGGUUGGGCAAUGAGAAAAUCUCUGAGGACCUCAAAGAUUUCAGCCUGGACCGUCAGACCAGGAACAGAACACAGAAAUUACAGCAACCAACAGACGCAGACAUACGCAGGAAGACUGUGCUGCUGGAUCAGCGCAUUGAGAAUGUGUCUCGAAAGUGUGCCAGUACCAAGAGGGGUUCAGCCGAGUUCCAGCAGCUGACAGAGGAGAAGGUGAAAUUGCUGAGAGAAAGAGAAGGAUUGAGCAAACAACUGAGAGAGGCACGCAGCCGUAAGCAUGCGACUCAGGUGAAGAUUCUUACGGAGGCAAAUGUGAUCUGCAGCACUUUGAGCAGCAGUGGGUGUAGCCUCCUCGAGUCCGCCUUCCGUCACCUAGGAUACGAGCCAUUCAGCUGCAUCAUCAUUGAUGAGGCUGGCCAGGCCACUGAGACUGAGACACUGAUACCUAUGAUGUACCGAUGCCCCGCCCUUAUCCUGGUGGGUGAUCCUGAUCAGCUCCCGCCUACUGUCAUUUCCCAGAAAGCAAAGGAGAUGGGCUAUGAUCAGUCUCUGAUGGCUCGUCUAUGGAAGAAUCUUCGUCAAAUGAAUCCCUCCCCCAUCGUCUUCCUCAGCACUCAAUAUCGCAUGCAUCCAGAUAUAUGCGAGUUCCCCUCCAAAUACGUCUACGGCAAAGCCCUCAAAACAGACUGCGAAACGGCUCAGAAACGCUGUGCAGAGCGUUGGCCUUUCCAGCCCUACAGAGUGUUUGACGUGACAGACGGACGGGAGAACAAAGAGAAUGAGUCGUACAGUAACCUAAAAGAGGUGCGGUUGGUGCUGUUGUUGCUGAAGUUGGUGUGUGAGAAACAGGUUGGUCGUGUGGGGGUGAUUACACCCUACAAUGGACAGAAACAGAAAAUUCUGGAGGCUAUUGCGAGGGAAUCUGGCAGAGACAACAAAAGACAGCUGCCGGUGGAGGUUGAUACAGUGGAUGGUUUUCAAGGCAAGGAGAGGGACUGUAUCAUCGUGUCAUGUGUGAGAGCCAGCAGUGAAAUGGGAUCUAUCGGAUUUGUGGGUAAUCGGCAGAGGAUGAACGUAACCAUUACCAGAGCCAAAUUCAGUCUGUUUAUACUGGGACAUCUACGCACUCUCGGGCAGUCUGAUUGGGGGGCUCUUAUAGAAGAUGCCGAGAGGCGUGGCACUAUCAUAAAAACUCAGGAGAGAGACUUCCACGCUGACGCCAGAAAAAUCUUUAAACCCAGAGCUCUGUCUCGCAGCAUGUCCCACCCUCCUGCUGCCCCAGUCCUGAGCCGCAGCCUGUCCACUGAUCACCGCCCAGACCUCUUCACUGGACACGCCCCAAACAGGCCCAAGGAACUGCACAGGACUCUGCCCCUUCCAACGCCAGACGCAUCUGGAGAUUCAAGACUGGCAGUCAGGCGUGCCACCAGCCACGCCGCGCUGGUUUACCCGCCGACCAGGUGGGAGGAUUCGCGCGACUCCCCGCCCCCCGGGUCAUCAGACCCCCCCAGAGAUCCGAGACUGCACAGACGGGAGUACAGACGGGACGAGGACAGGAGGAGCAGAGACGAGCAGCGAGAGAGGACGCAUAGGGAAGGCAGUCGGGACCGCGCGUUGGAACGCCGCGACUCCAGCCACUACUCCCACCAGACUGCAAAACGCUCACAGGAGCCCCACUGGUCCUCAUCAUCCUCAUCAUCACCAAAGAGAAAGAGGAGAUAGCCCGGUGUCUGUUUUUAUUUUGUCUUUUAGUUCUUGGUCUAAUCAUUCUGUUGAAGAACAAAGUGACUGAGAGAGUCGUUUUUGCUCCUCUGUCCGCUAAGC